AUGUCCCGUGUGAGGACGGGAGUUGGCAGCGACGGUGUGGGCGAGCUGGUGGGCACGGGUGGGACCGAGGCGGGGGCGGCGGGCAGCGUGUUCCUGGUGAGCACGCGCCGCCCCCAGCCCGUGGCGGCAACCUCCGCCGCCAUUGCCGCCGUCACCGCUGUUCAGGCCCCGGGGGCCGUAGCAGCCGCCGCCCCUUCAACUCGUGCUAUCACGUCCGCCGCUGCCGCCGCCACGCAGGUCGACGCCGUUACAGAUGGAGAGGCCAUCAAACUGCCGGACAACUUGGAAAGCCUGCCGAAAGCUGACCACUUUCCCACGCAGAGGCAUCGGUGGAACACCAAUGAGGAAAUUGCCGCCAUACUCAUUAGCUUUGAUAGGCACAAUGAGUGGCAAAGCAAGGAGGUCAAGAUCAGACCGAAGAGCGGCUCGAUGCUGCUGUACUCGCGCAAGAAGGUGCGCUACCGGCGGGACGGCUACUGCUGGAAGAAGCGCAAGGACGGCAAGACAACGCGCGAAGAUCACAUGAAGCUCAAGGUGCAGGGCACCGAGUGUAUCUACGGCUGCUACGUGCACUCGGCCAUCCUGCCAACGUUCCACCGGCGCUGCUACUGGUUACUGCAAAAUCCUGAUAUAGUACUGGUGCAUUACCUAAACGUGCCCUAUCCUGAUGACAACAAGCUGGCAGUGAUAACUCCAAGCCUUGCAUUAUGGGGAGACAAGAAGGAGUGGACCAAGGAGGAACUGGUAUCACAACUGAAGCCCAUGUUUUUCAGCGAGGAUGAGCCAGACCUGAAUAAUGAACUUGAAAUAUCAACAGCUGAAACAGUGGAAGCCAUUGUGACGCAACUGAUGGAGAAGCAGCGUGUAGCUCGUGCAGCUGCUCUUAGCAAGCAACUCGAAUGUGGGUGCCCAGAUUCCACAUGUGCUGACAGUAAGACAUGUUCCCAUCCCAUGCGACGAAUUACUGCAGCAACAGCAGAAGUUGACAGCAGUAAUCAGGUGUCAUCAACAACUGGCACAGGAAGCCUACUGCUAUCUACAGGCUCUGGUUCUACAAAUGGCAGUCCUGCUGUAGGCAGUCAAACUCAGCAGCGAGUACAUCGUUCGUCUGCCUCUAAUGUCCAGCAGAAUUCAACAGCACCACCUCUUGUGCUUAGUUUAUCCCAGAUACAGGGAUGUUCUGCUGGUAGCCUACUCAUACUCAACAGCUCAUCAACCACUGGAAACUCAAAUAGUGGAGGUGGUACAGUGACAUUUUCCAGCAAAGAAAAGACAGUUGUUCUUAAACAGGAAGCAAUGGACACAAGUUCUUGCAGUCGUCUGCAGGAUGUGAGCAACAACAACAGUAGCAAAAUGGAUGUGACUAAUGGCAAUGCUCCUCCAACAUAUGACAAUAGUGCUUACCAUAGACAGCUUCGGCAGCAUGAGAAGCGAUCAACAGGAGAGCAGCUUCCACUCUUGCUUAGCAGUGCACCCCCAACACCAAGCAAGCAUAUGGACACUACUACCUCAGAAACAGAACUCACUAGCUACUGCAAUGCAGAUACUGUGCUUGUCAUAGGGACAGGGUCCUCAACCAAAAAUAAUGGAGUGGGUGAUUCCUCAGGGAUGGGAGAUUCUUCUGUUUCUCUUGGGUUUUUUAAUGAAACUCUUGAUUUGUCACAAGAGGACAUACAGAGGACAUUACAGGCUAACAUGCCCUGUGCUACUGGUGUCACUGUAGAUGAAUCCCAUGGACAGCACCAAGCAGAUGACGAUGAUGUGAUAGUAUCAGAAAUUAAUCCUAUGGAUUUUAUUGAUGGGUGCUGUGAUGUAGUAGUUUCACCAGAUGAAACACAGUCUGUAACGGGUACAGGUGUGGACGAUGAUGUUUUUGUAAAUUUGGAUGCAUUUGAUAUGUUAGGUGAUUUUCCUGAACUUGAAAUUAUGGAACCAAGUGUUUCUGCAGAUGAGACAGUAACUGUACACAGUGGUGAUGUCAGUGUUGAUGACAAGGACUUGGUAACUGUGACUUCCGUUGAGUCACAGCAGGCUUCUCAUGAACCUGACAAGGAUAGAGGUCAGCCUUCACCUACCAUCGAGUUUCAUGAGGGGACUGUCAACAUUACUGAUUAUUCCCCUGAGUGGGCGUAUCCUGAGGGAGGUGUGAAGGUGCUUGUAACCGGUCCUUGGUACUCAACUACAUCACCAUAUACUGUGCUAUUUGACACAUUCCCUGUGCCUACCACUCUGGUACAGAGUGGAGUACUGCGGUGUUAUUGCCCUGCACAUGAGGUAGGAUUAGUUACUUUGCAAGUAGCUUGUGAUGGUUUUGUCAUCUCAAAUUCUGUGAUGUUUGAAUACAAAGAGCCAAUAAGUGGUACCAGCCAAAUGGCAUGUGAAGAGCGUGAAUCUCGUGACAAGAAUGGCAAUGACAACCUUCUACGUUUCACCCUUCUGCAACGCUUAGAGGCAAUGGAUGGUCGUCUGCAAAUCAAACAGGAGCCUGAGGGUUCUGAUCUGGUUGAAGGCUCAUCAAUGUUAAGCCAAAGCAAUUUUGAAGAUCGUCUGGUAAACUAUUGCCAAGAAAUGACUUCAAAGGCUUGGCAGUGUGGAGAGGAAGUGAGCCCCUCUUGGUUCUGCAGUCAUCGAGGCAUGACACUUUUACAUCUGGCAGCAUCCCUUGGUUACUCUAGGCUUGUUUGUGCAAUGUUGCACUGGAGAGAGGAGAAUUCGUCUCUUCUGUUGGAAACAGAAGUUGAUGCCCUUAGUCAGGAUGAAGAUGGAUAUACUCCCCUUAUGUGGGCUUGUGUACGAGGUCACCAUGAAACUGCAUUGCUGUUGUAUCGAUGGAACCAUACAGCAUUAAAAGUCCGAAAUCAUGCUUCACAGACAGCUAUAGACUGUGCAAGAGAAUAUGGACAUGAUUCUCUGGCGCAGGACCUAGAGCAGCAAGAGGCUUUACGUCUGCAAGAGAACCCCGGACCAGAUGACAUAUUUCUUCGACCAGAUAUUGUUACAAUAUUGGACUCUGAAAAAACUUCACUGAACAGUGAGCUCCAUGUAAACAUUCCACCCUCUACAAACAUAGAUUCAGAGAUGAGUACUCCAAAUAGUAAUGAGAAUGGCAGUCAUAGCUCUGCUCAGAGUCCUGUUUGCUCAAGCUCAGGGAAUGGAGAAUCUAAUAGUAGUGGCACAGUUCAACAGAGGCUGACAAAGCGACCAUCAGUGGACAGUGGCAUCAACUUGGGCCAUUCUUCAGAUAGCUUGUCAUCUUUACAGAGUCGAGGACCUGGUUCCAAAGCUUCCUCUUCAAGAGAAGUUUCAAGGUUGUCUAGGUUUGAUCGGAGCAUGUCUUUGCCAGUGAGCUCUCCAAUGAAUGGUGUUGAAACUCCAUACGACUCCAUCUCUACUGAUGGCCAUGAUCCUCUAAUGAGUUCCCCUAUUAGACGAAUGGAUUUUGCCUUAUGCGAAGUGGCUACUGGAGCAAGAAGUGAAAGUCCAAUGAUUGACGAGGAGGGAGUAUCUGAUGAGGAUCUGGAAAAUAAGCAGAACAUUGUAGGGGAGCAAGAAGUGCGUGUUUUAACUUUAGCGGAACAAAUAAUUGCUGCAAUGCCUGAAAGAAUAAAGAAUGAGAGUGCAGAUGUAAUGUUGGACCAGGACAGUUCACGAAAUGACUCAUCAGCUGGAAAUAGUGAUACCUUACCAGAAGUCUUCAUGGAACCUCUUUUGAUUGAUGAAACGUCUUCAUCAUUUGAGCCUGUAGAAUUUAACUUUGAAUUCAGUGAUCACAAUUAUAGGUACUAUGAUGUGAGCACGCCAGGCUCCUCCAUGAGCCCAGCCUCCUCCAGCUGUCUACAGUCUCCUUGCUCAUUCACACUUGAUUCGCCAUCUCCACCGCCAACUACAGCUGACUUCUGUGAAUUUUUUCAGGCAUCUGGAAAUGUUUUUGAGAAGGAUUUCUCAAACCUCACACUUUCAGAUAGGGAACAACGAGAACUGUACGAAGCAGCAAAAAUCAUUCAAAAGGCAUACCGUUCAUAUAAAGGCCGAAAGAAGUUGGAGGAACAGGAUAAAGAAAGAGCUGCUGCAGUACUUAUUCAAAACUACUAUCGUCGGUAUAAACAGUAUGCAUACUUCAAGCAGAUGACUCAUGCCGCAAUGGUGAUACAGAAUGGGUUUCGAUCAUAUUGCGAGCACAAGCGUUUUAAGAAAAGUCAGGAAGCUGCUGUUUGCAUACAAAACUACUACCGCAAUUACAGGGAGCAGGGGGGGAGAGGGAGUCGUGAGAGCACACCUAGUGCAACAAGCAGCAGCCUCAAGCGCACAUAUUCGCAGAGACGACAGCAUCAAGCAGCUCGGAAAAUUCAGCAGUUCAUGAGACAAUCGAAAAACAAAUUGCAGAGAGAGCGAGCUUUGGCAGCCGAAAAAGAGAAGCUGGAGGGCCAGUCAGUGGAUGCCCUCCAAAAGUUGCCCUGUCCCGGCAGUAUGGGAUGCUCCACCAACGUUCCAAAUAGCAGUGGCCGUCCAGUGGCAUCUAGCCCCAGAAACACUAGUGUCCAUACCAAGGAUGCUGCUGGAAAAACGUGAUUAAAUCAUUAGAGCUCUGACAACAUCCAGAAACACCAGAAAUAGAAUGGAACAAAAUAUUUAUCAUGCUGAUGAAAAAGUGUUGUAUAUAUUUAUCAAAGUGCUUGUGAAAUGAACUGACUGCACUGCGUACUUUUUUGUUACUCUGUUUUAGAGUAAGCUUAAUAGUACUUUUACAGAAUUAAGGUACUGCAACAGUCAACUGUCAUAAUGAUGGGCGUGACUGUUUUAAACGAAACACAUCACAAGACUUGUAAAUAGAAAACUGUUUACAUGUACUCUGAAUAUAAGAGAAAGCUAUAAACAGAUAGCAAGCUAGUCAUGUUUCUUUUGCCAGUAUUGUGUUUCAAGUGCUGUGAACGAAUUUCGUAUCAGGUCAAGAAAGAAUACAUUAUUGUUGACAGUGCCACAUAGUAACCUACUGUCAGUGAAUCAAGUUAUGAGUACUGAAUGAACAUUUUAAACUUUGUGUACCUUGGAGUGCUAUGAAAGUAAAAGCAACCGAGCCAUGGCAGUUUUUGAUAUAUAACUAUGUUUACAUGCAGUUUCUGUUGUUCAUUGUUUGUGUUUUUAUCAGUAAAGAAAUGUAUUUUCAUGUUCUCAGGCUGUUUUGACAUAUUUGAAUAUGAUGUGGUGACUGGAUUAUGAAUGUAAUGGGACAGAGUAUUUGUUGGCUUUACAUAUUAUGAUGGAAUGGAUUAUUUUUCGUGUAUUUAUUGCCCCUUACUACCAAAACAAACUCAAAUUUUUGUUGGCAUAAUUUAACUAUAAAUUGUGUUAUUCAUUUAAUAAAUAUAACUAAAAGCUUGUAUUUUAAAUUGCUAAAUAUUAUUGCUGUUUGUUUCCUGCUUCUAUUGCAGUGCACGAGAGUUAUCAUUACCGGUAUUCAUUUGUAUGCCUCUUGUAAAGUGCAUGAAAUGUAUAACUGGUAUUCAUUUGUAUGCCUCUUGUAAAGUGCAUGAAAUGGGCAGGUCCCACUGUUUUUUGACUAUUGAUAGUGAUCAGAUAGCAAACACUUCAAUUAAUCAUGUAUAUUUUGAUAUACUAUGGAAGUCACAUAAAUUUUGACUGCCAUACACAGUAAUUUAUGAGGUGUUGUUCAUAACCUGAGACAUGGAAAUUUUAAAGAAAAUGAUUGGUGCAUUUGUUAUUAAUUAAUUUAAACUUCUAAUUAAGUAUGUUUUAUGUACAUACAGAUUAUUUUUGAGAAUAUAAUGAAGUGUGUGGCCCUCCUCUGAGCACGUUGGUACUUGUUGGGCCGGAGUCUGUAAGCUUAGGAGUUGAAAAGUGAGAUUCACAGAGCUGUGAUGUAGAAUUCAGAUUUCUUUUCUAAAAUAUGCAACUAAGACAUGGCUUCACUUUUUAUAUAUUUUUAUGUAGUCAUACGUAUAGUAUAUCAAAUCACCUGUUUGUAAAUAAAUAAAUUGCACUCUAGAAGAAAAAAAUUAAACUGAACUUUUUGUACUUAAUAAAAUAAGACUUAUAGAGACAAAAUGUUAUCAACAGUGUAUUUGUUUAUUCAUGUUAAUUUUUUCUCUAAAGAAAUUAGCAUGUAAUAGAAAUGGAUAGAUAACAGACUAUUUAGGUAAAAUGCAAAAUGAGGACAGGAAAUUUACAUCUUAUAAUCUUACGACAAUUCCAUUUUCAUCUUUAAAGCUUUAAUUCAAAGGUCUUCACUAUUGUAGGUGUAAAUGCCUUUUUAAAGGCAAAAGUGGUAUGGCAUUUAUAAUGCCUCUUCUACAAUCAGUUGCUUACAGAUGUAGAAAGAGCUCUAUAUUUGUAACUUACCCAUUUAGUAGAAGUGUUUACAGGACUUCUUUAUCAGGCUUCUGAAGUAUUAUUUUUUUCUGGUUACUGUGAAACAAUUAUUCAGCAUAAAGCUCUUUUUAGGCUCACAAUAGAUUUUGUGCAUUUCUUUCCAAUUCAUUUGAUUGUUCUUUUCACUGCAUGUGCCACAAUAUGUAAAGGAAUCUUCUGAUUCAGAUCGUUAGUAAAACUAUUUGAUUUCCAUGUUAUCCAAGUUAAUUUUCUUUUUACAUUUUUGCACUGAAUUCAGAAGUUCUUUACACUUACUAACAUUUUUUGGUAAUGUUGGGUCAACAUGUUUAUUUUGUGGAUCACAGUAGGUAGGACAUGAAUUUUCUUUUUAGUUUCUUUAUUCACAGUAAUUUGUAACUGAGGUUCAAUAUAUUCACAAAAUUUUAGUAACAUGUUUCUGUUACCUAUUUGUGGGGUACUUUUCGUUCAAUAUAUUUUUUUAAGUUUAUUAAUUCAAUUAAGUUCAUUAAUCAUUUUUAAAUUAAUUAAUUUGCAUUGAAAUGUGUUUACUUGCUGAAAAACUCAGAUACAUUUUAGGAAAGUGUAUGUAAUUUAAUAGAGCAUCAGACACGUAAAGACAAAGAGUGACACAUCUCUGUUACCAGUAUCUGAGGUGUUUCAAAAUUUUUGUGGCAACAAAAUUGUUGCUGAAUUUUUAAUCAAAUAAUUUCAUUUAUUCCCAGACUAAGGAACUGUCAUUUGAUGGAAUUUAAUAAAAUGCGAUCUGGGGUGUAUUAAAAACAGCUCUACCACAGUUGGUGACAUUUGUGAUCUGAAAGGUUUUUAAUUCUCAAUUGAGCAUAAUUUUGUCUUCCUCCAUGUGUUAGAAAUGAAAUUAUCAUUGGGUAAAGGAAGCACUUCUACUACACACAUUUGUCCUAAUUACUGUAACUACCAAUAACAUUCAAUUUAAUGUUUUUCCUCAUCUUCUACAACUUCCAGUUCAACAUGUGGACACUUUUUUUAUAAUUCUCAGUACAAAUUCCAGCAGUGUAGAACUAAGGGCAGGAGAAAGGAAAUUAAAAUCAUUGGUGGGAUAACUUGAUAAAAUAUUUUUGAUAUCUGUUUCUAUAUAUAUUAUGAGUGUUUGAGAUUUUUAGUGUAGUUAGAAGCCAGUGGCUGUUUCAUAUUUUCUACUCACUUGUGGUUUAUCAUAUUUACAAUUUCUACAUAUUGGGACAAUAGAAUUAUUUUCUUGCACCUUACAGGUUUGUUACUGGACAGGUAUUAGAUGUUGUUUGCAAGUACCACUGAUAUUUCCAAAAAGUAUCAGAGUAUUUGUGAGUUACUGAUAUUUUUUAAACAGAUGAGCUAAUUAACCAGAAUGAUAAUUUUGUAAAGGGUUUCUGGAAUUUUCAGAGCUAAUUUUUAACUAUAAUUAUCUGAUUUUCAUGCCACUGACAGUAACAUCUGGAUCACUGUUUUAAUGUGGUAUGUUAUACUAAUUUAUUACCAUCAAAUGAAACUUUAUUCAUGUAUCGUGAAAUGUUCCUUCUGUGGUAGAUGUCUGGUGUCUGGGAUAUCCAUUUUCACUUAAAGAUACCCUGAUUAGCAUGCCCUUAGUUAUUGCACUUGAACUCAUUCUGUGUAACUGAAUUUUGUAUUUCACCUGUAUUCACAGAAUUUUGCUGCAUAACCACUGCCAUUUUUAUCCAGAUACAAAGUAUUGUAAGCAAAUUGUGAAGGUAGGAAAACAUCUGGUGGUCUAUUUUAAUCCACAGAUGUGCAAAACAGUUAUACAUUACAUGGAUUCAGUGAAACCUAUUUUAAAAGACUAAUAUAGAUAAAAGAUUUUAUCUUAUGGUAGUGCUCAUGAUAUUGUGUAUUGUUCCUCAUAUAACAAUAGAAAUUAAGAGGAAGUAACACCAGUAACUUCCGGAACUUAUGAACUGCAUUAGAGCUUGGAAAUAGCUCAAUGAACUUCGAAUGUUCAAAGUUGUUUAAAACAAUUUCAAAUGAGUUAAGCCUACAAAGUUCAACCUGUUGUUUAAUGCAUAUAUCCAUUACAUUAAUAUUACAAUAUUUCUGCAGGUAGUACAUAAAAGUGCUUAAAGAAUUGUUGAAAGAUAUAGUAGUGCAAUGUAAUUGACUUGUCUUUUUAUUGUCAUGAAAUCUAAUUUCUGAUACAUAACAUUUUAA